UCGAAAGGCAUUUCUUCAAAUGCCCGGUAGUACUUGUUAGACUUUUUUGCUUAGCAACGUUAGUCUGUGGAAAACAUUGUAGCUGAACGGUGCCGUUUGAGAUGAACGUUAUUAAAGUUUUAGGGGUCGUGGCUCUCCUGAUUGGAGUAGCUUGCUGUUACCAGAUAAAGCCUAGAAACUACGACAGAUUUGUGGCACAGCAGAAAAAGUUUAAUGAACAAUUUGAGCAAGAAUUUUUCGUCGAACACAUGAACUACACAACAACCGGGAUUAAAUCCGCUCGGUUGAAUGAAAUGUUUGAAUACCUUCGCCAUAAACCGGAUAUGUUUCGUUUGGAAGUGGAUCAACAUCCGAUUUCGUAUCAAACCACGGAGUGCACAGCAUGUCGAGCAUUGGUUACUACUUAUCUGGGAUAUCGUCGGGUACUGAAUUGGGAUCGUGAUCGUAUCGCCACUCAAGCGGCUUCUACGUGCGACUCUAUGCAAAUUCUGCUACCGGAAAAUUGUGUCAAGAUUAUUGAUAAAAACAUAGAUGUUUUCCUGUACAUCAUUGACAACAAACCUGAACUUACCGCGCAAACGGUUUGUGGAGUUAUUUUCCAAUCGGGUCCCUGUGUUUUGCAGGAUCCUGAGUUCCUUGAUUGGACUAUCAAUGUUUCUCCAGGGGGUACUCCAAUAACGGCAUCAAAAACCGGCUCAAAUAGGAGUGCAAACGAUCUAAAAAUCAUUCAUUUGACUGAUCUACAUUAUGAUCCCCAUUACCGUACGGGCUACAACGCAGUUUGUGGAGAACCUUGCUGCUGUCGCGAAGCCCAAGGUAUCCCCGAAAAUCCUGCUGACGGUGCUGGGGAAUGGGGUGACUAUCGUGAUUGUGACUCUCCGUGGAAAGCGGUUGAGGAUGCUGUUCGUGAAGCCGGCCGGAAACACCCGGAUGCUGCUUACAUUUAUCAUACCGGCGAUAUUAUCGAUCAUGGAGUGUGGGAGACGACUAAGGCUGGAAAUAUUCGCUCCAUAACUAAUACUAUUAGUCUUCUUAAGGAAGUGUUUCCAUCCAAACCGGUAUAUAACGUGUUGGGUAAUCAUGAGAUUACACCAACAAAUGUGUACGCUCCUAGUCAUAUCGAUGUACCAGAAUUUUCACCCAGUUGGGUUUAUGAACUGGUUGCUGACCUUUGGGGUACGUGGCUGCCAGCCGAUGCCAAGCAAACAGUUAGCCAAGGAGGGUUUUAUACCGUUCUUGUUCGACCAGGAUUUCGAAUAAUCGCUCUGAAUAACAAUGAUGCCUACACCUUCAAUUGGUGGAUCCUUUAUGAUCCAGCUUAUCUCCGGGGACAGCUUCAGUGGUUACACGACACUCUUCUGCAAGCUGAAGCAGCUGGUGAAAAGGUUCAUAUUUUGGCGCAUAUUCCUAUCGGUACCGGAUCAACAUUCGUUACUUGGGCUCAACAGUACCGACGCAUUCUCGAUCGCUUCUGGGAUACCGUAACUGCACACUUCCAUGGUCAUACCCACGCCGAUGAGUUUAACAUAUUCUAUUCGGCUGCCAAUCCACAAUAUGCUAUUAAUGUGGCAUUCAACGGUGGAGGUACCGUUCCGUUCAGUAACUACAAUCCUAACUACAUCGUGUACUAUGUGAACCCAGAAACCUUUGAAGUCACUGAUUAUGAAUCGUUCUAUUUCAACCUAACCGAAGCAAAUCUGAAUCCGUCGAGGGACCCACUGUGGCAGGAUUUGUAUUCUUUUGCGAGGGACUUCAAUAUUCCGAAUGUGUCUCCAGCCACACUGGAUGGUUUGGCACGUCAGUUUGGAUCUACCCCACAGGAGCUUCAUCGGUACUGGGAGUUCAAGGUGAAGCGAGGAGAUCCUUUCUUAGAACAGGGUUGUGAUGGCGAGUGCCUGCUGAACCAUCUAUGUACAAUCGUUACGAAUGAAGCUAAUGAUGAUAAAAAAUGCAAUGAAUUGGUUUCGAUCUACAGAGAGAGCGAGAACGACCGAUGGAAAUAAAAGUAGAUCCCGUUAAUUUGGAUGCUUUGAUGAAUUUGGAGUUGAAAAUGAUCUGUUAAAGCUUGUGAAUUGAAUUCCGUACAUCAAAGAAUGAAAUACAAGACCCGUGAACUGUUUACCAAAUGUGAAUGUUAUAUAA